AUGAUUGAUGUGCUGAUAAAAAAAUGUGCUUAUUAUAAUGUCAAGGAUGUUGAUGUUGAAGUGGCUGAAUUUCUGGCCAAGAUGGAUGUAGAUGAAAGAAAGGCAGCUCUUAAAGUUGCGGUUCAAGACGGAAAUUUAGAAAUGGUCAAAAUAUUCAUGUCGAAUGGAUUCGACAAGCUUGAUGUUGAACAUUAUAGUUGUGAAACACCCUUAGGUGUCGCAGUAGUCCAUGGACAGUUGGACAUUUUGAAAUAUUUGCUUGAAAGUGGAUUAAAGAUAAAAGAAGAUCUCAUCAGUUUCUGUAUAAAUGAUAAACAUAUAGAUAUUUUGGAAUUUUUAUUAGAUUUCGGCAUAAAAAAACAUCGUAUUAAAAAUUCUUUACUUGAUCACCCAUUUUCAUGUGGCCAAUUGAAACUUUGGAGGUACGUAUUAACCUGUAAUUCCAAAAUUGAUGCUGUUUUAACGUCCAAGGAAACUGAACUUCAUUCCGCUGUGCGUGCCAAUCAAAUUGAAAGUGUAAAAGAAAUCCUGAACAAAGUAAAUGUAAAUCCUCUACCUCGAGAAUUGGGACAGUUUGCAGUCUACAUUGCCGUGGAAAAUGGAAACGAGGAAAUGCUGAAAACUCUCCUAGAAGCAGGUUGUUCGGUCGAGAGUUGUUUUAAUGACAAAUUAACUCCUCUUCAUGUUGCAGCCACAUUCGAACAUACGCGUUUGGUGGAAAUUCUUCUGAAAUACGGUGCGCAUGUUAAUUCAGAAACAACAGGACACUUCGUUCCAUUGGAUUUUGCAGUAGCUAUGGGACAUUUUAAUGUGAUUAAAUUACUCCUAGACUCUGGUGCCAAUCCCAUUAAAGACCAGGAAGAUAAUUCAAUAUUGGAUGACGUGAGUUAG